AUGCUCGCAGAAAUCCAAAAAGAAGGUUCUGGAUCAGGCCAGGGCGAACGGAUGGUUGGUGGCAAUGCUUUUGGCAUUUCAAGAUCAGCUGUUUCAAAAGUGGUUAGAAAAGUAUGCCAUGUUAUAACAAAUGAACUAGGACCAACAUACAUCAAGACACCUCAAACUGAAGAUGAAGUACAGUUUCUUACUGAAAAUUUCUAUAUGCAUCAUGGUUUUCCUCAAUGUUUGGGUGCAGUAGAUGGAACCCAUGUAUUUAUUCGUCAGCCUUCAAAAAACCCAACUGACUUUUUAAACAGAAAAAACAGAUAUUCCUUGAAUGUCCAGGCAACCUGUGACUAUCGGUAUUGCUUUAUAGAUGUUGUAGUAAAAUGGCCUGGUUGUGUGCAUGAUGCACGAAUCUUUGCUAAUUCUGCAAUAAACAAAAUGUUACAAAAUGGUGAUAUUCCACCAUGUCAGAAAGAAAUCGUUGAAGGUCAUGACAGUGUCCCUGUCUGUCUCCUUGGUGACCCAGCAUAUCCACUUCAGCCAUAUCUCAUCAAAGAAUAUGCCAAUGGAGGUAAAACAAUUGAUGAGCAAUUUUUUUGUCAUCGUCUCUCGUCUGCAAGAAUGGUAAUCGAAUGUGCUUUUGGCAGACUCAAAGCAAGAUUUGGAGCACUACGUCGAGAAAUGGACAUAUGUCAGACCAGUCUGUCAGAUGUGAUAUACAGCUGCUUUGUACUACACAAUUUUUGUGAACUUCAUAAAGAAAGAGUGCCUGAGGAACACAUAAAAGCUGCUAUGAAUUAUGAUAGAGAUUUUCAGCCAAACUCUAGUGGAAAAAGAAACAAUUCAGGAGAAUCAGAAGGCAAAAAAGUCAGAGACAUCUUCAAAUUAUACUUUAACAACAACUGA